GCUAUCUCUAUUCUAAUAUUCCAAUCUCUUUUAAUUUGUUAGAAGAAAGGAAAAAUAGAAAGAGCUCUAGCACAUAGUGAAAUAAUGGCCAAAUUGGUACUUGUGUGCAUUUUCUUGAUCAUUUUGAGUGUUGCAGUGCCAAAAAGUUUUGCAAAGGAAUAUGUGGUUGGGGACAAAAGAGGUUGGAGUCCAGGAGCUGAUUAUCAUCCAUGGGCUUAUGGCAAAAGCUUUCGGGUUGGUGAUGUUCUCCAUUUCUUCUAUACCCCAAAAGUGAUAGAUGUGGCAUCAGUGGAUAUUUCAAGCUAUGCACUUUGUGACAGUAUCAAAACUUUCUACAAGGAUAAUAGUGGCAGGACUUCAAUUACUCUUGAAAAUUCUGGGUCAUACUACUUCAUCUCUACAAACAAACAAGGCUGCUUUACAGGUCUCAAGCUUGAGUUGCACGUUCUUUGAAAAUUAAGUGGAGUAUUAUCGUGAAGAAUUUGUUGUGUGUGUUUUUUUUUUUUCUUAUUCUCAAAAUUAUUCUUUUAUGCACUUGUAAUGAGGUUCAGCUAAUAAUAUCAUGAAUG